AUCACUGUUUUUUUUUUAGAGCACUUGCACAGAAGCUGCUAACGGUCAGAGAAACAAGACGAAGAGAAGAAACCCAACUGAUCGAGCUACCAGAAUGGGGAUUAUAAAUAUGCAUGAUCUGCAGUUUGUAACAUGUGACCUUCAAGUGUCAAAAAACAACAAGAACCACCAGACUAUUGAUUUGUGCAAAGAAAAUCGGCUUUUCCUUAGAAGAGGGCAGGAAUUCACCAUAACGCUAAGAUUCCACAAUCCAACAUUGUUUUCCCAUAAGCAGCUGGAAGGGAUCACCCUCACGACAAAGACAGGACCUAACCCAUCCAACAAAAAUGGAACCAAGAACAGUUUUCCAAUAUCCAGCCUUAGUGAUGAGAAAUCUUGGAGUGCAAAAGUUAUUGAUUUCCAGCAGGGAUUAUGGACACUAUCAGUCACCACUCCUUCAAGUGCCAUCAUUGGGAAUUACACUCUUUCACUUAAAUCUAGAAAGCCAACUUCAUUUUCUCAAGACAUUGGCAGCUUCAUGCUUCUUUUCAACCCUUGGUGUAAGGAUGAUCCUGUAUUUCUACAGAAUGAAGGGCAAAGGCAGGAAUAUGUCCUCAAUGAGGAUGGCAUUAUCUAUUUAGGCACAGAGAACUGCAUUCAGCAACAUCCCUGGCAUUUUGGGCAGUUUGAAUAUGAAAUUGCUGAUCUCUGCAUCAAGCUUCUGGACAUGAACCCAAAAUACCAAAAAUUUCCAAUGAAGGAAUAUCUUAACAGAAAUGACCCCAUCUAUGUGUGCAAGGUUCUUGGUGAUGCGAUUAGUAGAAGAGAUGAGGAGGACAGAGUCGCCUUCAUGGUAGAGAACAGAAGACCUUCUUAUGGCUGGAUAAGCAGUGUUCCCAUCCUUCAGAAGUGGUUCCAGACUGGAUGCAAAACUGUCUAUGGUCACCACUGGGUAUUUGCUGCAGUGCUGUGCACAGUGCUCCGCUGCCUCGGGAUUCCCACGCGACUUGUUACGAAUUAUAACUCAGCAUUCGACACAAAACGGACCUUGCAGAAGGAAAUUUACUACGAUGAGAAAGGAGCACGCAUUCACAGAGCAAGGAGCGACAGCAUCUGGAACUUUCAUGUGUGGAAUGAAUGCUGGAUGGAGAGGAGAGAUCUGUCCACAGAAUACAAUGGAUGGCAAGUCCUUGAUGCCACAGCUCAACUGAAAUCCAGUGAGAAAUUAUGUGUCAGUGGUCCAGCACCUGUGAGAGCUAUUAAAGAAGGCCACGUGGAUCUCAAUUAUGACGUAGACCUAAUCUUCUCUAAGUUGGUAACAGAUAACAUGGUGUGGGUGCGGAACCCAAAAUGUUUCAGUAAGGUGCUGUGUUGGGCAAGACAUGUGGGAGACAGCAUCAGCACCAAAAGUGUUGGGAGUGACAUGCACGAGGACCUUGUCCAUCAUUAUAAAUACCCAAAAGGCUCAGCAGAAGAAACAGAAGUGCUGAAAAGUGUCACACAAACAAUGUUAAAAAACCACCAGACCAAAGUCAGCAAGGAGACUUCCCUCAGCCCAGCCACAGUGUCCAUAUCAUCAGAGAGCCUCCAUAUGUAUGGAGAAGACAUUCGCUUUAAAGUUACAGUGGCCAAUGUGAGUUUGGAGGAGAGGAACUUUAAACUGCUAGUGGGAGCCCAGCCUGUACAUGAUCAGGGCUUCACUCAAGCACAGUUCUGGAAAGAAGAGUUCUCUUUUCAAUUCAAAUCAUAUGAAGGGUGCAAUCUCUCCAUCCAGUUGUGCCACUCUUCAUACGAGGCCUGCCUGCUGGACAAUAACCUGCUGCGGAUUACAGCUUUGGUUAAGGAUCCCACUUAUGAGAAUGGUAAUGUGGCUUUGGCAGAGCAAGAUAUGAUGAUCUGCAAACCUUGCCUGUCUGUUCAGACCCCGAGAGUCACCUUGCAGUACCAACCCACGACGGCCAUGAUCCAUUUCAAAAAUCCUUUGGAAAAGACCCUGUUGCAGUGUGUGUUGAAAGCAUCAGGAAAAGGGCUCCUGCACAAUGAGAGACAUUAUCGGUGUGGGAAUGUGGCUCCAGGAGGAACUUUGCUUUAUCCAAUUAUAUUCACACCAACACAGGUUGGGCCCAGGAGACUCUAUAUUCAGCUGGAGAGCAGCAUAUUCCGAAAUAUAAUUGGCUUUCAGCAGUUUGAGGUCCUUCCAUCCAACGUCCAAGAAUGGACCAAUGAGCAGUGGCAGGAAUUCCAGAAGGCUCCAGAGAGCGCACAUGCCAUUAGUGUAAAUCCUCCGCUCUCACUUAACAUCCAGUUUGAAGAGUCAUUCUUCUAUGGGCAAGAUAUUACCAUUAAAGCGUCAUUAUCCAAUCAGAGCAAGGCUGAGAAGGACUUAUGCUUUGUUCUGUAUGCUCAGUAUGUGCACAGGAAUGGGAAUUUCUGUCCCAACUUUUGGAAGCAAGAGUAUACGGUUUCAUUAGAAGCACAUGAAGAGAAAACAGUCUUUACCUGUAUCAGACCCUCGGAGUAUGGAGACUUCAAGUGGGAGAGCAACCUUAUCAGACUCACUGGCUUAGGAAAAGAUGUUACCAGCACAAUCUCCGCCAGCAGGCAUGUGACUUUGUACAAACCCACCCUUUGCAUUCAGAUGCAGACAGAGGCAUUGCAAUACCAACUCAUCACAUCCAUAAUCAGCAUCACAAACCCAAUAGAGGAGACUUUAGAGGACUGUGUCCUAACAGUGUCUGGGGAAAACCUUAUAUACAGAGAAAGACUGUACAGCUGCAAGAAUAUUGAACCGGGCAGCACAGAGGCUUACAAAAUCAGAUUUGCACCGACUCAAGUUGGGUCUCUGAAAUUUCACGUCAGAUUUGACUGCAAACAGUUCCGGGAUGUGAGGAGGAGCCAAGCAGUGGAGGUCCUGCCCUGCACAAAUCUGUUUUUAAGCGGGUAGUGUUGGACUACAGAGCAUUAGAUCAGUUCAUUCUAACCAAGUUCAACUGCUGCCCCUAUAUUUUAUAAUUAUUUUUUAUAAAGCUUGUCUGUGCAGUUUCUUUUAAACUAGGGAUGCACCGAAUCCACUA